GAUAUUGACUGAAAUUGAGUUUUUAUUGUGUUCUUUCAAGUAAGUUGGUCGCAGCUACAUUAUGUAUGUUCUUUAGACUCUACCCACCGUAGAAUGAUAGCCGGCAAGUUGCUAUGCCUGUGUUCAAUGGGAGCAGCUCCACGGUGAUUUUGUAUGUCAGUCACCACUCGACUCGGACUGCGUGCUGUAAUGUAGUGACCUCUUACUGGGUCUUACUCUUAGUCUUGAACGACUCGUGUUAUAUUUGAACCAGUCAGUGACAGUCCACUAGCACUCUGCAGCGAUGCUGAAGAAAGGAAUUGACAAGGGCUUGCUAAAUAAUGUCGUUCGCCACGUCAAUUCGCACAACAAGGUGCAAGAGGAGCAGGCGAUGUGGAAGCAGCACAAUGAAGGGAGAGAGCGGGAACGCAGGCACCGACGUGACCACCGCAGGCAGCGCCAUGGUCAUGACCAUGACAACAGUGACUCUGAGGACUCUGAUAGGUUGGAUGAGGAGAGAGCGUUCUGGCGACGCAAACUACAUGAAGCAGAGCAGCGGAGACCUGAUCGGUGGGGUCACUCUGGCUACGCACAGCUCUACCCAGAGGAGGUGACGGCAGCGAAGCGGCGAGAGAAGCGGACCAGGCUCGAUUCGAGCACCGACGACUCCUCAGAUAGGUCAACAUCUGAAGAACCUCCUGCCAAGAAGGUCAAAACCGAGCACACGCGUGGGAAGACUCACAGCCGGAAGAACAAGAAGGAGUCGAAAGCUCAUGAAGAGGAGACCAGGGAAAGGAAGGAAAAGAAAACGAAGAAGAAAAAGAAAAAGAAAAAGAGGAAGGAGCACAAGCGACAUAGGAGGGAUUCUUCAUCCGAAGUCUCGUCGCCAUCACCAGCAUCUCAGCCUCGCCAUCGCACUGAGAAGCACAGGCGGGAUUAGACUACUACAGUGUAGUAGUAACACACAGAUAUUUAUAGUCUUUGAUGUACAUGUAAUUCUUUUUAACAAGUUGCUCAUGAAUGUCUUGAUAGAAUCUCAUGUAGCUGACACACACACACACAUACACAUACACAUACACACACACAUACACACACACAUACACAUACACAUAGAUGACCAGAGCUUCAUAUCGAUUGGCCUUUCUUGGUCGAAUCAUGAAAUUGAAUUGUAUUCAUUGAGCAUAUUGA